GGCUGUGAGUGUUACUAAAGUCACUAACGUGCGAAUACGUGAAUUUUAGGCACAGUUUCUUUUGUAAUUUCAUCUGCCCUGGGAGCCAUGGGUGGCAGUUUGUCAAUUGAUGAUGGUGUCCACGUCGUGAUAGUCGGGGGUGGUUUUGGUGGAAUCGCUGCUGCGCAGCAGCUUAAAUAUUACCGAGUUCCCUUUACUAUCAUUGAUCUCCGAGAUGCCUUCCAUCACAACGUUGCUUCUCUGAGGGCCUCAGUUCAGAGUGGUUUCGCCAAACAAACGUUCAUUCCCUUUCGAGAAACUUUUGGGGACAGUUUUCUUCAGGGCCGAGUUGCACGUGUGGACACAUCUGCCCAGAUAGUUGUGCUGGAGGAUGGAAAGGAAGUCCACUAUUCACAUCUCAUCCUGUGCACUGGGACUGAUGGACCUUUCCCAGGCAAAUACAACACGCUGGCUUCUUACCAGACAGCCAUCGAGAAGUAUGAGGAGUUUGUAAAAGAGGUCCAGGCUGCUGGAACAGUGCUUGUGGUCGGUGGGGGAUCCACUGGGGUAGAGAUGGCUGCUGAAAUCAAAACUGAGUUUCCAGAUAAGAAGGUGAUUUUAAUCCACUCACGCAAUGUGUUAGCUGACCCUGAGCUACUACCAAGUGUAAGAGAACAGGCCAAAGAAGUGUUGCUGCAGAAGGGUGUGGAGCUGUUGCUAGAGCAGAAAGUGACAAAUCUCAAUGAUCUGGAGCUCAACGUGACUAGGAAAGACAUUGUGAUCAAAACAGAUAAAGACACAGAGAUUACUGCUGAUCUUGUCAUCUGCUGCACAGGGAAUAAGAUCAACUCCACUGCAUACAGCUCUUCUCUUAGCGGCGAGUGCUUGGCAGAGGAUGGAUCCUUGAACGUGAACGAGCACUUGCAGGUCACGGGUUUUCAAAAUGUAUACGCCGUCGGAGACUGUGCUAACAUCAAGGAGCCGAAGAUGGCGUACCACGCAGGGCUUCACGGGGGUGUAGCUGCCACCAACAUCAUUAAUAACCUGUCUGGAAAACCGUUGACAUCAUAUCGCCCAGGGAACGUCACCAUGCUGCUGGCCAUGGGACGAGAUGAUGGGGUCGGCCAAUUCAAUGGCUAUAAACUGCCCCGGUUCCUAGUCACCCAAGGGAAGAGCAAGGGGCUACUGCUCUGGAAGAGUUGGAGGGAUAUGGGACAGUCAGCGCCCAGUUAAGAAGCUGUCGAGUCUUUCAGUUUACAUUCACACAUCAAGUGUGCCAACGUAUUUUUAAUAUCUGAUCAUUUAAGAAUCUCCUAGCCCCACCCUGAGGGCUUCUGAUAUUCAGAUAUCUUGGAAAUAAAAAACGUAUACAUAAAGAAGAGAUAUUUAGCAUAUAUUUCAUACACUCACGUUGUGUCAGAUAUAACAGUGCUGUAUUUUUCUAUUCUCAUCUUAUAUCCUCCUUAAGUCAGAGUGCCUACACCAACCAGUGUAUUUUUCAUAGUAUUGUCAAAAACGUGACUUUAUCCUUUAGGAUGACUGGUAUAUUUUCAUAUCUUGAAUUAAUAAAAAAAUCCUGCGUA